CACAGAAUAAAAUUAAAAGUGUACGACCAAAAAAUACCAAAUUCAGUUCCAGAUUGGCCCAAAAAAAUAAAAAAUAUCAUUUCAAUUUAUCUAGGAUUCCCGUCCACCUCAAGCUGGAAAUUCCGUUUAGACCACCUCCAGUUCAAAUAAGAAAAAGAUCCGUCUUCAGUCAACAUUUGGAAAUUGGAAUGGAAGCGACCGAGAACACUGGUCUUGCUGUUUUGAAGGUGAGCUGAAGCUUUGCUUGGAUGAUGUUCUUGAUAAUUGUGGGUGCACAUAAAAAAGAGGAUGCUUAGAAGCAGACAUAGAAAAAUGUGCUUGCUUGUAGUGCUUGUACUUUUGUCAAUGGCAUGGUCUACUAUUGCAAUAAAUUUUGAGGUUAAUGUGCUAAAAAUAUUUAAGGAGUCAUUGGAUGAUCCCAAAAACUCGCUCAAUGAUUGGGAUUUUGAAUUAACGAGUCCUUGUGGCAUUUGGUCAUAUAUCAGAUGUGACAAUGUUAAUGGGCAUGUUGUUUCUAUAACUUUGGUGAAAAUGGGACUUUCAGGGACCAUCUCACCUUCAAUCGGUGAUUUGAAGUACUUGACUUAUAUGACAUUAGAAGGUAAUAAUCUAACAGGUAGAAUACCACCUGAACUUGGGAAGGUGAGUAGUCUCGAGAACCUGAAUUUAGCAAACAAUGGCCUUACAAGAGAUAUACCAAGUUCUUUGGGCAAGCUUUCUAAACUUAAAUACCUGAUGUUAGGGAACAACAAUCUUAGCGGAGGGAUUCCACACUCUCUAUCAGCACUUCAAAAUUUAAUUGAACUGGACCUUUCUUCUAAUAACCUCAGUGGAGAAAUACCAGAAUCCUUAUUUGAAGUCCAUAAGUAUAAUUUCACUGGGAAUCUCUUUAAUUGUUCAAACUUCCUGCAUAAGUAUUCUUGUGUCUCAAUUUCCUCGUCGAACUCAGGCUCAACAAAGAUGUUAAAGAUUGGAAUCCUGGCUGGAAGUAUUGGAGGAAUUGUUAUAAUUUUGGUUGCAGUUUUCGUUUUUCUUUUAUUUCAGGGCCGACACCAAGAAGUUUUCGUAGAUGUAUCUGGUGAGGAUGGCCGAAAGAUUGGUUUUGGGCAGUUAAAGAGAUUUUCUUGGCGUGAGUUGCAACUAGCAACUGAUAACUUUAGUGAGAAGAGUGUGCUGGGACAGGGAGGAUUUGGAAAAGUCUACAAAGGGGUCCUUGGGGACAACACAAAGGUUGCAGUAAAACGGUUGACUGACUAUCACAGCCCUGGUGGAGAGGCAGCAUUUCUGCGUGAAGUUGAGAUGAUAAGUGUGGCAGUGCACCGGAAUCUUCUGCGCUUGAUAGGGUUUUGUGUUACACCAUCAGAACGGCUUCUUGUCUAUCCUUAUAUGCAAAACCUUAGUGUUGCACAUAGACUGAGGGAACUAAAACCUGGGGAGAAGUUUUUGGAUUGGCCUACCAGGAAACACAUUGCUUUAGGUGCAGCCCGUGGUUUGGAGUACCUUCAUGAACAUUGCAAUCCUAAAAUAAUUCACCGGGAUGUGAAAGCUGCAAAUGUUUUAUUGGAUGAGGAUUUCGAAGCUGUUGUUGGUGAUUUUGGCCUAGCAAAGUUGGUUGAUGCUAGGAAGACUCAUGUGUCAACCCAAGUGCGUGGGACCAUAGGUCAUAUUGCUCCAGAGUACUUUUCAACUGGAAGGACAUCGGAGAGAACAGAUGUUUUUGGAUAUGGAAUUACACUUUUAGAGCUUGUCACAGGACAACGUGCUAUUGACUUUUCACGACGAAACGAAGAUGAUGAUGUUCUAUUACUUGAUCAUGUCAAAAAGUUGGAAAGAGAAAAAUGUUUGGAUGCAAUUGUAGAUGAAAACCUAAAGCAGAACUCUGAUGCAAGAGAAGUUGAGACCAUAAUUCAGGUGGCAUUGCUAUGCACACAAAUCUCACCAGAAGACCGGCCCACCAUGAGCAAAGUGGUCCGCAUGUUGGAAGGAGAGGGUUUAGAGGAACGUUGGAAAGAGUGGCAGCAGGUUGAAGUCAUUCGCCGACAACAAAAUGAAAUGAUACCUAGGAGGUUUGAGUGGGUUGAGAAUUCACUGUAUAACCAGGAUGCAAUUGAGCUCUCUGGUGGAAGAUAGAUAUUCCACCUGCCUAUUCUCUCUCUCUUUGGAACUUUGAGGUCGUUUCCUGGUUUCAAGAAAUAACAAACCGGGCAAGAUGUGUUGUACUAUUGUUAGUAAAACAUUGUAAUUGUUGAAGCAGAAAAUUGAAGCGUUGCGCAAAUAGAGCAAAAGAAGAAAAGGUAACUGUCAAAAAUAAGUUGCUUGAUAAAGAGUUUAAAGAGCAAGAUUGACUUUAUUUGCAAAAUCAUGUGUAUUUAAACUUGAACUAAAGCAGUCAAUGGGCAAAAUUACAAGAUAGUAGGAAAAAUUAUUUCAUUUAAUAAUUACUCUGUAUAAAUUUUGAAUUAAAUGCUCAAAUAUUAAUAAAUUAU